UUCGAUCAAACUCCCCCCUUCAUCUCCCACACCAAAAUCCCAGAAGCGCGAUCAUGGCGGCGGCGGCGGCGGCGACCAACGGCGGCUUCGACGUGAUCGUGGUGGGCGGCGGCAUCAUGGGCAGCUGCGCGGCGUACGCCGCGGCGUCGUCGUCGGCGUCCCGCUGCGGCGGCGCGCGCGUGCUGCUCCUGGAGAGGUUCGACCUGCUCCACCACCGCGGCUCGUCGCACGGCGAGUCCCGCGGCAUCCGCGCCACGUACCCGCAGGCGCGGUACCCGCCCAUGGUGCGCCUCGCCGCGCGGCUCUGGGGCAACGCCGAGGCCGAGGCGGGCUACCGCGUGCUCACCCCGACGCCGCACCUCGACAUGGGCCCGCGCGCCGACCCGGCCCUCCGCGCCGCCAUCCAGAACGGCGGCGCCGCCGAGGUCGUCGGCGCCUCGGACGAUUCGGCGGCGUCGUGGCUGUGGUCCGCGGUGUUCCGCCUGCCCGAGGGGUGGACGGCGGCGAGCAGCGAGCUCGGCGGCGUCAUCAAGGCCACCAAGGCGGUUGCCAUGUUCCAGUCGCUCGCCGCCAAGAACGGCGCCGUGCUCAGGGACAGGACGGAGGUGAUCGACAUCGCCAAGCAAGGAGAUGGAUCGAUCUUGGUGAAGACGUCGAGCGGGGAGGAGUUCCACGGCGCCAAGUGCAUCAUCACAGUGGGCGCGUGGGCGAGCAAGCUUGUCAAGUCGGUCGCCGGCGUCGACCUGCCAGUGCAGCCGCUGCACACGCUCAUCUGCUACUGGAAGGCCCGCCCCGGCCGCGAGCAUGAGCUCACGCCGGAGUCCGGCUUCCCGACGUUCGCCAGCUACGGUGACACCUGCAUCUACUCCACGCCGUCCAUGGAGUUCCCAGGCCUGAUCAAGGUGUGCGCGCACGGCGGUGCGCCGUGCGACCCGGAUAGGCGGGACUGGUGCGCUGGCGGCGACGCCCUGGCGGACCCGGUGGCGCGGUGGAUCGACGAGCUCAUGCCCGGCCACGUCGACACCGCCGGUGGGCCGGUCAUCCGGCAGUCGUGCAUGUACUCCAUGACCCCUGAUGAGGAUUUCAUCAUCGACUUCGUUGGUGGGGAGUUUGGAAAGGAUGUGGUUGUCGGCGCCGGGUUCUCCGGCCAUGGCUUCAAGAUGGGACCUGCAGUCGGGAGGAUCCUCGCCGAGAUGGCCAUGGACGGCGAGGCCAAGACGGCGGCGGAGGCCGGAGUGGAGCUUGGGUAUUUCAGGAUUGGACGUUUCGAGGGUAACCCGGAGGGAAAUCGUGCUGAAAAUAAGGUGAAAAUUUGAGUCCUCGCGUAGGCAUGGCCACCUGUAAGAGCUAGAUCUGUAAGGUGAUGUCGGUGUGCGAUUGUGAGAUGUUUGCUAGUACUGUAAUAUGUCAAACAUUGCAUUUCUGAACUUAUACUCCCUCCGUUUCGAAAUGUUUGACACCAUUGACUUUUUA